AUGGCACUGGACAGCGGGGGGAGACCCCCCCCCGCCCUCUCCCACCGCUUCACACCUCCCAAGAGUUUGGGGGGCUCUCGAGGUGUGUCCCCAAUGUCACCUGCAGGGUCCCGGCACGGAAUGGGGGAGGCGAGUGACGACGACAGCGGGAUCAUGCUGCUCUCGGGCCCGGCCAGCCCGGUGCCCCCCCCGAAGGAGCGGGUGCAGGCGGGGCGGCGGCAGCAGCAGGCGCUGGAGGCGCGGCUCGAGGGCUGCGUGCAGGAACUGCGGCGGCUCUGCCUGCGGGAGGCGGAGCUGACGGGGACGCUGCCCCACGAGUACCCCCUGAAGGCUGGGGAGAAGCCCCCCAAGGUGCGGCGCCGGAUCGGGGCUGCCUUCAAACUGGAUGAGAUCGUUGUCCUGCAUGGAGUGGACCCCCUGGAGCGGGAGCGGGCGCUGCAGCUGCGGAUCGCCGAGGCCUCUCGCCGCCUGUGCCACGAGCAGAACAUCGGGCGGCGCCUGCGGAAGCGGCGACAAACGGCGGCGCUGCGGGAGGAGCAGAAGCUGCGCGACCUGGAGCAGGUCCUGAGCCAGCGGCGCCUCCUUACGGGGCACAGGGACAGGGGCACUGCCCACGGCCCCUGUUCCUGUUCCGGCCCCGCAGAGCUCAGCGGCUCCGAGGAGAGCUCCCUGUCUGACACGGGCCUGCUGGAGGAGGAGGACACACGGCCACCAGGACCUGCCACCCCACGGAGGUCCCCAUCCCCCAAGGACGCCACUGAGGAGGAGGAGGAGGGGUCGGGACCACCCCCAUCCUCCCCCAGCCCCUGGCAGGAGACCAGCCUGGACAGACCCUAUGAGAGGGGCAGAAAUCCUGGAAUCAACACCGGGAAUGGGGAAACCCGGAGCUCCCGGUGCUACCUGGGGUCCCCCCUGGGGUCCCCCCCGGCCACCCCCGGCAGCCCCGACCCUGCAGCCCCCCCGGGGGCCAGGCGAGGGGACCCUCCCUACCGGUUUGUCCCCAUGAGGACCCUGGUGCUGUGCCAACAGGGGGGAUCCAGUGCUCCCGGCACACCGGAGACACCGGCACGGAGGGGACAGAGCCAAGCCCGGAGGUUGGAUCCACCCUGGCCGCCCCUGGAGCCCCGGGGCCGCCCCCCCGGGCCCCGCCGCCGCCCCACGCACUGUGCGGUGUCAUUCCCGCCACCCGCGGGCCCCUCGUUCCUCUCGGGAUCGGCCGAGAGCGUGUCCAGCGUGUCCAGCGCGUCCCGCGCGCCCUCCCCCGGCGGCUCCGGCCCCGACGGGUCCCUCGCCGCGUCCCUGCCCCUGCCCGGGCCUCGCCCGCGGGGCCCCCCCCGGGUCCAGCCGCCCCCCUCGGAGCUCCUGUUGGAGCAGGACCUGGCCCCACUGCGGUACCAGCGCCUCGUGCCCUCCCGCUCCCGCAUCGUCCGGACCCCCUCGCUCAAGGACUACGGCGGGGCCCGGGGGCUCUCCCGCGCCGCCGUCACCGAGGAGCUCCGCUCGUGGCACCAGCGCGCGCGGCUGCGGGGGGCGCGGCCGCACUCCCUGGACAGGGAGGGGGCCCUCGGGAGACCCCCCGGAGGGACCCCCGGGGACGGGCCCCUCGCCCGGGCCGUGCUCUCGCGAGUCCAGGCCCCCCCCGUGCUGCGGCGCUCGGUGCCCGGGGUGCUCGUGCAGCUCUACGUGCCUGAGAACGGUGAGAUCGUCACACAAGUGUGAGCAGAGCCCCCAGCCCA